AUGAAGGUUGCGAAGGCUGCUAAAGUGGCAAGGUCUGUAAAGGACGCCAAGAAAGCUGCCAAGAAGGUUUCCAAGAAAGCCCGCAAGAAGAAGGAAAGGAAACAGAAAGAACAGCAAGAACAGCAGGAAUCCGCUGAGCAUCUUACGACUUUUCACCACGCAUUUAUCAUCUUGAAAUCUGUUGAUGGCCACGAAAAUGUAUGCGCUUUUAAUGCACAAUAA